GUGCGAGGCGUGAGGUGGAGAUGGGGGCGGAGGGAGCCGGAGCUGUCACAGGCCCCGGGUCCGCCUGACCGAGCCAAGUAGGGUGUCAUGGCCGCGGGGGGCAGCGGCUGCACUUCCUCUGCGGGCGGCGGUGGCGGCGGCGGCCGGGGAGUUAAUCCUCGACGUUCGGGUCCCGUUUCCCUCUGUGCGGCGGCCGGCGGGACCAUAAGGGCUUAACUCAUAUAUUUAACCCCCCUCCAAAAAGGUUUGAAAGUAUUCUUGAAGGGCUGUUUGGACCUGCAUUAUUAAAAGAUCUCAGUUUAUAUAAAGACUGUGAACCUGAAAGCAUUUCUGAUUGGACUUUUGAUGAAAACUGUCUAUUCUGUUGCUUAAGAAGAGAUAAAGUAAAGGGACACUUAGUCGGUCUGGAUGAACCAGCUUCGGGAGCUGGGCAAGAAGCUCUGCUUAAACAAGAGCAAGCAAAAAUCAUUCGAUUCGAGAGACAAGCAGAAGAGUUCCUCAAUGCAGUCUUUUAUAGAAAAGACAGUCCCUGGGUCUCCGACCCCAAUAUUCCCCUAGUGGCCCGUGAGAUCAUGCAGCGAAUGAUCCAACAAUUUGCUGCUGAAUAUACCUCAAAAAAUAGCUCUACUCAGGACCCCAGCCAGCCCAAUAGCACAAAGAACCAAAGCCUGCCGAAAGCAUCUCCAGUCACCACCUCUCCCACGGCUGCAACUACUCAGAACCCUGUGCUCAGCAAACUUCUCAUGGCUGACCAAGACUCACCUCUGGACCUUACUGUCAGAAAGUCUCAGUCAGAACCUAGCGAACAAGACGGUGUACUUGAUCUGUCCACUAAGAAAAGUCCAUGUGCUGGCAGCACUUCCCUGAGCCAUUCUCCAGGCUGCUCCAGUGCUCAAGGGAACGGUGAGAAUUCAACAGAGGCUCUAGCAGUAGAUUCUAACAAUCAGUCGAAGUCCCCGCUGGAGAAGUUUAUGGUCAAACUGUGCACUCAUCAUCAGAAGCAGUUCAUUCGUGUUCUGAACGAUCUGUACACUGAAUCCCAGCCAGGCCCCGAGGACCUGCACCCUGAUUCUGGAGCAAUGGACGCAUCCACUUGCAGUGCCGGCUGUGCCCAACUAGGCACCAAACAUAAGGAAAAGGAUGCUGUGUGUCUCGAUAGGAAGUCUCCUACUUCUGUAGAUUUGUUUGUAGACUCAUCGGACUCUCACAGCCCUCUACGCGUGACAGAACAGGCCCUGAAGGAGCCUCCUCCUGAGAUAAAGUCUGUAGAUGGGAGAGAGAAUGCCUUGGCUGUUACCCAGAAAGUUUCCUCUGAACUUCCAACCACUAAACCUAAUUCUGGUAGUUCAAUGGAUAGUUCCACUCUGGGAUACCUCACUGCAUCUAAUUCUUCCUCAUUAAACUUCCACCACAUCUCUAAGAGCUUGGAGGGGCAAACCACUGGACAGGAGCAAGACACAAAUGUGAAAAUUCGCGAGGAUGGUAAAGACCAUAUGCAGAGCUCAGCUUUAGUAGAAAGUCUAAUUGCAGUAAAAGGGGCAGCUGAGAAUAGUGAGGAGAGCAACAGCUGUAUUAUUUCUCAGAGAAAUUCAUUCAAAGCUUUAUCAGAAGAGGCUUGGGACUCAGGGUUUACGGGGAAUUCACCUAGAACUGCUGACAAAGAGAACGCUUUACUGUGUAGCUCAAAAACACCUUUGCGCCAGGAGUUAGAGUCCAGUGAACAAGAUUCAAGGCCAAAGCAAGAGAACCAUCUUCACUCACUAGGAAGAAAUAAGGUGAGUUAUCAUUUACAUCCCAGUGAUAAGGGCCAGUUUGAUCAUUCCAAAGAUGGUUGGUUAGCCCCCAGCCCUAUGCCAGCUGUACACAAAGCAUCUAAUGGACAUUCACGAACCAAGAUGAUCUCAACCUCCAUUAAGACAGCUCGGAAAAGUAAAAGGGCAUCAGGGUUGAGGAUAAACGAUUAUGAUAACCAGUGUGAUGUCGUUUAUAUUAGUCAGCCAAUAACAGAAUGCCACUUUGAGAAUCAAAGAUCAAUAUUAUCCUCUCGGAAAACAGCCAGAAAGAGUACUCGGGGAUACUUUUUCAAUGGUGAUUGUUGUGAGCUGCCAACUGUUCGCACACUGGCCAGAAAUUUACACUCCCAAGAAAAAGCGAGCUGUUCAACCCUGGAGCCGGAGGCAGUGGUCACUCCCAAGCAGACCCUUACACUUUCAGCCCCUGGACCCGCCGUGGAUGUGCAGCAUCCCAGAGACGAUGACCACGAAGAACCUAGUAAAGAAAUCAUCUCCCUUAAGGAAGGAGACAGAGAUGCUUCCUCAGAAAAGGAAUCUCAAGAGCCUGAGGUUUGCCCCGUGACAAAUAAACCAAAUCCGAGCAGCUCUCCUAGGUCAAAGGAAACAACAGCCUCCAGCCUGGUGUCACCUCUCCCUGUUCACCUUCCCAAAGAGGACACGCCAGAAGGCAGCUCCAUGGUCUCAACUCCCACAGCAAGUGGGAUAGCUUCCCCUGAACGAGACCAGCAGCCAGUCGAACUGCUGGAAAUCAAGGAGGGGACUGUCACCCAAGACUGUCACCUGGUUUCCUCUAUUGAGAGCACUUCUGAGGGAGGCAAUGAAGAUGUUGUUUCCGGACCUCAUUCUUCUCCUGAAACAGUCCAUAGAGAGGAAGGUCCUCCUUGCUCAGAAAGUCAGAGUCCUCCAGUGGGCUUGGAGCCUCCUCUGAGCCUGGGAAAAGCUGAAGACAACCAAAGCAUCAGUACUGAGGCUGAGACUGAAGACACUCAGGAGCUAGAUACUGACCCACUCUUGAAGGAAAGCAGCACUUUUACUAAUGAAAACCCCAACGAAAUUGAGGAAAGUGAGACAGCAGGUGGUACAGGAAAAUUAGAGGGACAGGGCAGUAACGUAAAACAUUCUUCAGAAAGAGAUAUGUGUGAUCAAAACAUUGACUCACCCGAAGAGAAUCUGGACAAGAAGAAAAAAGUUAAAAAACUCCCUGAGGCCUCUGACAGGUGCCUAAGAAGUCAGCUUUCUGAUCCCUCUUCUGCUGAUAGGUGCCUAAGAAGUCAAAGUUCAGAUUCUUCCUCUGCUAGUCCUGAGAUCAAGGUUUCCAAAAAUCCUGUUAUGAAACGUUCUAAAAAGGAAGCGUGCCCUGGUGAGACAACACCUGAGAGUCUUCUGGCUGAUGGUUUCCAUACAAAAGCUUUGGAGGACACUGAAAACCCAGAGGUCCAUGAAAAGCCCUCUGAGAAAGAUGCCGAACAGGAGGGCAAAGAAGGUGGGAUCAUCACCAGGCAGACUUUUAAAAACAUGCUGGCUAAAGAGGUCAAAGGGGAAGAAGGAGGUAUUUUCCCCCGUGGUGAUCCCAUAACCACAGUAGGCCAGACCUUGCCUGGAGAAAGACUGGAAAUCUAUGUUCAGUCUAAGUUAGGUGAGAAAAAUGCUCGUGCUCCCUCAGAAAAUAUUCCACGUACUUUCCCAGAACAAUCAAAAGAGAAGCCAGAACCAAUUCCUGCACACGAUACGGAGGAGGUUGUGAAUGAGGUUGGCAGUGCAAACACCCAGCAUAAAGGUGACCAGAGUGAUGUGCCAUCCAGUGCAUGUGGCUUGUCAAAUAGUGGAAGUGGUGAUGCGGCCGGGCCCCCACAGUGCGUCCCGAGGCUUACAAGACUGACCUCUUCAACUUACAACCUAAGACAUACUCAUUCUCUGGACUCCUUGGACACUGCAAAAGUGACUUCAGAAAAGGAAGCAACACAGGGAAACCCAAUGCCAAAGGAAAAGGAAGCUUCCGAGAGUGGAGAUCCCUUACAUGAGGAUGAUGUGGACGCAGUGGUAGAUGACCAGCCAAAGUUUGUGGAAUGGUGUGCAGAGGAAGAGAACCAAGAGCUUAUUGCCAGCUUCAAUGCCCAGUACAUGAGAGUCCAGAAAGGUUGGAUCCAGUUGGAAAAGGAAGCCCAGCCAACGCCAAGAUCAAGGAACAAGUCAGAUAAACUAAAGGAGAUUUGGAAAAGCAAAAAAAGGUCACGGAAAUGUAGGGGUUCGUUGGAGGUUCAAAAGUUUUCUCCUGUUCAGAUGCUGUUUAUGACAAACUUUAAGUUAUCUAAUGUUUGCAAAUGGUUCUUAGAGACAACUGAAACCCGGUCUCUGGUUAUCGUGAAGAAGCUCAACACUCGUCUUCCAGGAGACAUCCCCCCUGUCAAGCAUCCUCUUCAGAAAUACUCUCCUUCCAGCCUGUACCCCAGUUCACUACAGGCUGAACGCUUGAAAAAACACUUGAAGAAAUUUCCUGGAGCUACUCCUGCUAGAAACAAUUGGAAAACACAGAAGCUCUGGGCUAAGUUUCGAGAGAAUCCUGACCAAGUGGAGCCAGAGGAUGGCAGUGAUGUCAGCCUCAGCCCCAAUUCUGAAGACACUGUAGAGGAAGUCAAGGAAGGUAGAAAUAGCCAUCCUCCCACAAAUUCACCUACCCCAGCCAGUACUCGGAUCCUCAGAAAAUACUCCAAUAUUCGAGGAAAGCUCAGAGCCCAGCAAUGUUUGAUCAAGAACGAGAAAAUGGAGAGCCCAUUUGGACAGGCUGUGGAGAGUAAACAGAGUUGUAAGAGUGUAUGCAUCAACCCUCUGAUGUCCCCCAAGCUUGCCCUGCAAGUGGAUGCAGAUGGGUUUCCCAUUAAGCCCAAGAGUACUGAUGGAAUGAAGGGAAGGAAGGGGAAGCAGAUGUCUGAAAUCUUGCCGAAAGCCGAAGUGCAGAAUAAACGCAAGAGGACAGAAAGUGGCACCGCUCAGGACAGGAAGGACAAGGGACCUGCGGUCAAAGCCAGCAAAGAAAAGCAUAGUGAUGGAUCCACCAAAACCCCUGCUGCCAAGAAGCCAGCUGCAAGGGACAGAAUCAGCCAACUGCCCAAAAAGACAUCCUUGAAAGAGAAUAAAGUGAAGAUCCCCAAAAAGUCCCCUGGGAAGAACUGCCCUCCCUCCAGGAGGGAAAAAGAAAAUACAAACAAAAGACCCGCUCAGCCAGCCGCCUCAGACACAGUGACGAAACCUGCAAAGCAAAAGGGGGCAGGGGAAUCCUCUUCAAGGCCACAGAAAGCCACCAACAGGAAGCAAAGCAGUGGAAAGGCUCGGGCCAGACCCUUGACAAAAACCCCAGAGAGCAGUGCGGCCCAGAGAAAGCGAAAGCUGAAGGCAAAGCUGGACUCUUCCCAUGGCAAACGGAGACGGCUGGACGCAAAGUGA